AUGCCUACUCAUACAGCAUCUUUGGAGUUUCGGGUGUAUCAUGAUCCAUUUGGCCACAUCAUAGACGCGGGAUUCUCGCACUUUGUAUCCACGUGCAGCUUUCGCAUGUUCGAGAGCUUUGAGGCGUGUCUUGGCGAUAAGGUGGACGAACUGCUGAAUGCGACAGGGAUUGGGGUCACUGUGAAGCAGUUGAUAGUCAACAUCAAAAGGCCCGUAUCUUAUCCAGACUCGAUUAUCUGUGCCAUUCGUCUAGGCGAGUUCAAACCCGAUCGCUACUUCAUCACUGUCACCAUGUGGUCGCUUCAGCAACAGGCACUCGCGGCCAAGUCUUCGGGAUGGAUGGUCUUCUUCGACUACCGCAAAGGGAAGAUUGCAAAUUUGAUGGAUAUCGGCGGUGUUUACAGAGACCUGCAUGAAGCGCUUGCAGUCAAGUGUCAGAAGAUGAAGUAG